GUUGACAAUUCGAUGUCAAAAUGUAGAGUGUUUCUAUCUGGCGGACUUUGAAUGUUGGCCAACAGUGGAGUUGAGUGAAGGAUGUUAUAUCACUGUGCCAAACUAUGCCGCACGGUACAGUGCAGAUACUGGCAUCAAACCCGGGUUGCGUCGAAAUUAUCAGCUGCCGAAAUUUUGAGUGCCGAACGUUUCAACAAGUGCAUUGAAUGCACUCGGGUAUCUCCGGCAAUUUCAAUGCAGUGGGGUAAAACGGGAGUGGAAGCAGCUGUUCUAGUUCCGGUUUGUACUGACGAAAAGGGGGAAGUGUCUUUGUUGUAUACGAGGCGUUCUGGAAAACUGAGUAGACAUGUUCGUCAAGUUUCGUUUCCCGGUGGUAUCAAAGAUCCAACCGAUGCAUCGUAUGAAGACUGUGCCUUACGUGAAACUGAAGAAGAGAUCGGAUUACCGCGAUCACGGGUUAAAAUCUGCGGUAUUGGAAAACUUCUCCAUCCACCACGAGGCGCUGCGAUAAUGCCUGUGUUCGGGAUAAUAGAGAAUUUCUCAACGAGCGAGCUGACGAUAAACCCCGACGAAGUUGAUGAGGCUUUCACACUACCGCUGAGCAAAUUGUCAUCAGAAGCCCACAGAUAUCACACCCAAUUUCGUGAUGGAUAUAGUGCUCCUGUGUUUCUAGUCGGGACCAACAAAGUAUGGGGAAUUACUGGUGUUAUAACACAUAAUUUUCUAUCUUGUCUGUUACCUGAUAUUUAUAGUAGGAAAAUUCCAUAUGUUAAAUCUUAUAGAACCGCAUGACAUUUUGUGUUUAUGUUCCAGUUGAAAUAUAUUUGUUCGUUAAAAAUAUAA